AUGAACAUCGUCACCGCGGUCUUGUCAGUCGUGCCGUUCGACGGUUCAAUUAUCGGAAGAAUCGCGGGCAUCGCUUGGAUGACCCAGGCAGUCAUCGUGGUGGAGCUUGUCGGAAGCACAGCACUGGGCGUGUACGAUGUCGUCAAACAUGAGGGAAACCCGGCAAUGGCGGUGCUGGGCUUGCUUCUGGUUGCUGCUGGCGCCAGGACCGGAAGGAACUAUGCCUCUGCUGCCAUCAAGCGUCGGGAAAUCGGUGCCUCGGAUAUUGCCAAGCUGGGAGACUUGUUCAAGCGCCACGACGGUGCGUUUCGGAAGCUGAUCCCCGCCAACCGGUUCUGUACGCCUUGA